UUUGGUAUCUUUUUUGACGCGUCAACAUUUCAUAUGUCUUAGCUGCGCCGUACCCGUCGAUGUUUUAUAAAGCCCGAGAUACCUGCCAUACACAAUAAACACAUUUUCAUCUAGAUCAUCUACCAGCCUAUGCCAGCCCGAUAUUAAUUUUUGGAAUUCGUAAUUGCUAAUUGGAUCGUACUCAAUUACGAAUUUGUAGAGUUAAUGAUGGACAAAAAGAACGAGGAAGACGGAAGUGGAAACCCUUUCUCUAAUCUUGAGAAGACGUCAGUCCUCCAGGAAGCUCGUACUUUCAACGAAACGCCUGUGAACCCGCGGAAAUGCAUCCACAUUUUGAGCAAAAUUCUCUACAUGCUCAAUCAAGGCGAGCAGCUCGGCUCCACCGAGGCCACCGAGGCGUUUUUCGCCAUGACCAAACUGUUCCAGUCCAAGGAUGUGACCCUCCGCCGGCUCGUCUACCUGGGCAUCAAGGAGCUGGCCGGUGUGGCCGAUGACGUCAUCAUUGUGACGUCAUCACUGACCAAGGACAUGACGGGCAAGGAGGAUCUGUACCGGGCGGCCGCCAUCCGAGCACUCUGCUGCAUCACGGACACCACCAUGCUACAGGCCAUCGAGCGCUACAUGAAGCAGGCCAUCGUGGACCGCUCGUCAAGCGUCAGCAGCGCCGCACUCGUGUCCGCCCUGCACCUGAUGCGCUCCUCACCUGACGUUGUCAAACGCUGGAGCAACGAGGCGCAGGAGGCACUCAACUCGGACAACGUGAUGGUGCAGUACCACGCCCUGGGCCUGCUGUACAACAUCAAAAAGUCGGACAGGCUGGCCGUCACCAAGCUGGUAGCCAAGCUGACCCGCUCGGCGCCGCGCUCCCCGUACGCCGUCUGCAUGCUGAUCCGCACGGCGUGUAAGCUGAUGGAGGAGGAGGACGCUGGCACCGAGUCGCCCCUGUUCGACUUUGUUGAUUCGUGUCUGCGCCACAAGUCUGAGAUGGUGGUUUAUGAGGCGGCGCACGCCAUCGUAAACAUGCCUCGCACCUCGCCUCGCGAGCUGGCGCCCGCCGUCAGCGUGCUGCAGCUCUUCCUGAGCUCGCCCAAACCGACGCUGCGCUUCGCCGCCGUGCGCACGCUAAACCAGGUGGCCAUGACGCACCCGGCAGUGGUGACCGCUUGUAACCUGGACCUGGAGAGCCUCAUCUCGGAUGUAAACCGCUCCAUCGCCACCCUGGCCAUCACCACGCUGCUCAAGACGGGCGCCGAGUCUUCGGUCGACCGGCUCAUGAAGCAGAUCUCCAGCUUCGUCAACGAGAUCAGCGACGAGUUCAAGAUUGUCGUCGUACAGGCCAUCAAGGCGCUGUGCCUCAAGUUCCCGCGCAAGCAUGGCGUGCUGAUGAACUUCCUGUCGUCGAUGCUGCGCGACGAGGGCGGUCUGGAGUACAAGGCCUCCAUCGCAGACACCAUCAUCACCAUCAUCGAGGAGAACCCAGAGGCCAAGGAGGCGGGUCUGUCUCACCUCUGUGAAUUUAUCGAGGACUGUGAGCACACCAGCCUGGCCGUGCGUAUCCUGCACCUGCUGGGCCGCGAGGGGCCCAAGACCAAGCAGCCAUCCAAGUACAUCCGGUUUAUCUACAACCGCGUCAUCCUGGAGAGCGCUGCUGUUCGUGCAGCGGCCGUCUCCUCGCUGGCACGGUUCGGGGCGCUCUGCGACGACAUGCUGCCCAACAUCCUGGUGCUGCUGCAGCGCUGCCAGAUGGACUCUGAUGACGAGGUUCGUGACCGGGCCACCUACUACUACAACAUCCUGGACCAGCAGCAGGCGGCGCUCAACAACCAGUACAUCCUCAACUCGCUACAGGUCUCUCUGGUCGGCCUGGAGAAGGCGCUGCAGGCGUACUCUCAGGGCCCGGCCGAUCAGCCGUUCGACCUGCGCUCCGUGCCGGUGGCCGAGGCGGCUCCGACCGACAGUCGUGCUGCCGCCCCGGAGGGCUCGAUCGCUUCCAGCAGGAAACCCGAGGAGAAGGUAACGGCCACGCGCCAGGACGUGUUCGCCGAGCAGCUCUCCAAGAUCCCCGAGUUCCAGCAGCUGGGACCGCUGUUCAAGUCCUCGCAGCCCGUGGAGCUGACAGAGUCCGAGACGGAGUACGUGGUUCAGUGCAUCAAACACGUCUUUGCACACCAUGUCGUACUGCAGUUCGACUGCAAGAACACGCUGAACGACCAGCUGCUGGAGGACGUGACCGUCCAACUGGAGGCCGCUGACGGCUUCGAGGUGGUGGCCACCCUGCCGUGCGCGCGGCUCGAGUACAACGUCACCAACACCUGCUACACGCUCAUCAAGCUGCCCGACGACCUAAUGGCCACCGUCGGCUCGUGCGGCGCCACGCUGCGGUACGUGGUGAAGGACUGUGACCCGGCCACCGGCCUGCCCGACACGGACGAGGGCUAUGAGGACGAGUAUCUGCUGGAGGAGGUCGAGCUGACAGUCGCAGACCAUGUGCAGCGCGUGCUCAAAGCCAACUUCGCCGCCGCCUGGGAUGAGAUCGGUGACCAGAACGAACUGGAGGAUACCUACGCCCUCUCGGCAAUGAAGACCCUGGAGCAAGCCGUCAAGCAGAUCAGCCAGUUCAUGGGCAUGCAGGCGUGCGAGCGCUCGGAUAAGGUUCCUGACGGCAAGUCAAGUCACACCUUGCUGCUAUCCGGCGUGUACCGAGGCGGCGCCGAGGUGCUGGUGCGCGCUCGUCUGGCCCUCUCUGACGGCGUUACCAUGCAGCUAACGGUACGCUCCACGGACCCAGCCGUCUCGGAGGUGAUCGCAUCGGCCGUCGGCUAGCCGCCCCCGCCCCCGCCCCCGCCCCGCCCCCGCCCGGAUGGCGGGCUAGCACCGGGCGGUAGUGGCUGACGCGUCAUAUUGCUGUUGCUUUGGGAGUGGAAAGUCCUAUCUGCUAUGCGCUCUAGCGCCUCCGUGAUUCCUUAUUCGGUUAUGCUGUAUUAGUAAUACGCAGUUGUGUUUCUGGAUGAAUACAAUUAUAUAUCUGGCUGAAA